AUGGUUCCAGCCUUGGAAUACGCGGACACUGCUGCUGCAGCUUGCAAGACCUCGAGGUCACGCGUCGUGCGGAGCAUUGCUCCAUUUGCCAGAGGUUUCACGGAAGUCGUCCUACUGGUUUACAUGAUAGGAGUUUGCAGUGUAUACGUGCUGUUCGUUAAAGAAAACUUAAAACAGGUAUUGACGCUCGAAAAUCAGAUGAAGGAUCCUACUAAUUUCCUGAAAGGCUGUGGCGUUCUGAAUUUUGCUAUGGCCAUAAUUGCUAUCCUGUACAUUCUGAUGGGCUCCUUGGGUUACUUGGCAUACGGCGAGAAAACGAAAGGAAGCAUCACACUGAACCUUCCACCAAAUAACACGUAA